AUGCAAGGAUUUGAGAGGCAGCAGCAGCAGCAGCAGCAGCAGCAGCAGGAUGGCGUCCUUCUUGCUCCUCUAGCUAUUAAUGCAGCAGCAGCACAACUCAUGGUUGGUGCUUUCCUCCGCGGGCUGCAGCAGCAGCCGCUGCAGCAGCAGGAGUUGCUGCUGCAUGCAUGUCUUGAAUCUCUACCUGCUGCUGUUGCUCCUAUCGUUGAGCUGCAGCCGUUGCUGCAGCGACUAGCUGCAGCAGCCAACCAGCAGCAGCAGCAGCAGCAGCAGCAGCAGAUGGUCUUGCUGCUGCAGCUCCUAUUAAGGAGUAGAGAUUCCCUCCGCCUAUCUAUCUGUUUGCUGCUGCGGCAUGUGCGCUCUUUUGCUGCUCCUCUUCUUGCUUUAGCUGCACCUCCAGCUGCAGCAGGAGCCGCAGCAGCAGCAGCAGCAGCAGCAGCUGCUGCUGCUGCUGCUGCUGCCUUGCCGAAGGAGGCGAGUGCUGUUGCUAUAUCAGAGGCAGUCCUCUGUGUCUCGCAGGCUACACGGGCUCUGCAGCAGCAGAAGCAGCAGCAGCAGCAACUGCAGCAGCAGGUGGUGCUGCAGCUGUCUCAGGGCGAAGCCUCGACAGAGACCGAAGUGCAACAGCAAGAGGAGCAACAGCAGCAACAGCAGCAGCAGGAUAGGCAGCAGAGGCAGCUGCAGCAGAAACAGCGGCAGCAGCAGCAGCAGCAAGCACUUUUCCAGAUCCACCAGCAGCAGCAACUCCUGCAGCAGCAGCAAACACGAGCGCUGCAGCAGCUGGAGCAGCUGCUGCUGCUUGAUUUGCUGCAGGAAGUUGCUGCAGACCCUCAGCAGCAGCAGCAGCAGCAGCAAGAACAGGAGCAGCAGCACAAGCAGCGGAGAAAGAGGCAGCAGCAGCAGCAGCAGGAAUCUAGCAUCGAAGAAGCAACAGUUUCUGCUGCCAGCAAAGCAGCAGUGCUGCUGCUGCUGCUGCAGCAGGAAGUAGGCAUGCAGCAAAUGAGGAGACGCACAGCUCGUCUGCUGCUGCAGCAUAUCCACGCCUUCUGCUGCUGCAGCAGGGAUAUUGCUGCAGCAGCAGAGGCCCGCUGGCUGCAGCCGCACCUGCCGCUGCUGUUCUCCCUUGUUCCUGCUGCUGCAGCAAAAGCAGCAGAGACGCAUGCAUGCAUUAAUACCAGCAAGAAUAUAGAUGCAUGCACCUUAGAGGGUGCAGCAAAGCGCUGCAUGCAAGACCCGCUGCAUGCAGCAGAAACAGCAGCAGCAAAUGCAGCAGCAGAAGCAGCAGCAGCAACUGGGGAUGAUGAUGCUGCUGCUCCUGCAGCAGCAGCAGCAGCAAUUGCUGCUGCUACAGCUGCUGCACAGCAAGUUGUGCUGCAGUGGAUGCUGCCUCCUGCACUGCUAGAGGAGAGACAAGCUGCUAAUCUGCUGCUGCUUCGUGCUGCUGCACUGAUCCAAUCAGCAGCAGCAGCAGCUGCUGCUGCUGCUGCCGAUGAUGAGGAAAGCUCAGCAGCAGCAGCAGCAACAGCAGCGGAUACGCUUCCCCAGAAAAAGCAGCGAAUCAGCAAAGAGAGGGGGCAUAAUGGUGCUGCUGCUGCUGCUGCAGCAGUAGCACGUGCAUGCAGCAGCAGAAUAGCAGCAGUUGCUUCUGUAAGGGAAAUAAGUUUGGGGCUGGUUAACAAACUCCCUCCUGAGGUUUGUGCAUGCGCUGCUGCUGCUGUGCUGCAGCAGCUUGCUGCUGCUCUGUGGGGUGCGCUGCAGUCUAUAACGGGUUUGCUGCAGCAGCAGCAGCAGCAGCAAGGCCUGCUGCUGCUGCAGCCGGAGGAGCGAGACCACGUCAUCAGUGCUGCUGCAGCUGCCAGCAGCGCACUGCGCGAGGUUUGCUGCUGCGGAUCUGCUGCAGCAGCAGCAGCAGCAGCAAGCCUGUGGGCAGAAGGAGCACAGCCACAGGGAUGGGGGCUGCAGCAGCUUCUCUCUUCCCUGGCGCUUGCUGCAGCAGCUGCUAGCAGCAGCAGCAGCAGCAGCAGCAGCAGCAGCAGAAGCAGCGUUAUAGCAGAAGUGUUAAGGACAGCAGAAGCAACAGCAGCAAUUUUGUGGGCUGCUGCUGGGGCAGAUGCAGCAGCAGCAGGUAAAGGACCGGCUGCUGCUGUUGCUGCUGCUGCUGCAUUGCUGCUGCCGCUGCCUACAGGAGAUGCUGCUGAACAGCAGCAGCAGCAGCAGCAGCAGCAGAAGCAGCUAAUGAGAGCCUUGCGUAAGAACGAUACAGAAGCGCUGCUUUGCUGCUGCAGCAGCGCAGCAGCAGAUUUUGCUGCACGUGUAGCGCAUGCAACGAACAGCAACGAGAGCAGCAGCAACAGCAACAGCAAGCAGAAGAAACAGCAACUGCAGCAACUGCAGCAGCUGCUGCUGCUAACAGUAUUCAGCUCAUUGAAUACUUUUGCUGCAGCAUGGGCAGAGCCUUUCCGGCUGCUGCUGAAGCCACAGCAGCAGCAGCAGCAGCAGCAGGGGUUGCUGCAGGAGCUGGUUGCUGUGCUGCCCACGGAUACACGUCAAUCUCUGCUGGCUGUUGUUGCUGCUGCUGUUGCUGCUGCUGUAGAUGAGCAGCUGACGGUCGCCUCCGUCCUAAGUCUUGCAGGUGCUGCUGCUGCAACACCAGCAGCAGCAACAGCAGCUAGAGAAGCAGCAGAAGGAGCAGCAGCAGCAGCUGCUGCUGCUGAGUCUAGCUUGAGCAGCAAUUGCUUACAUGUAGCAGCAGCAUUAUUGGAUUUGCUGCGGCAGCAGCAGCUGCUGGGGGCCUGGGUGCUGCAGCGCAGAGCAGCAGCAGCAGCAGCAACAGCUUCUGCUGCUGCUGCAGAAGCUGCUGCUGCAGAUGAUGCAUCAGAGGCAGAAGAAGACCCUGAAGAGGCUGAGGAGGAUGCAGAGCAGCAGCAGCAGCAGCAGCAGCAGCAGCGGAAGCAGCAGCAGCAGCAGCUACCGCAACAGGAACAGGCAAAGAUGUCUGCACUAAUAGUCUACCGCUGCAGUGUACGUACACCUGGAUCUCUUUUGCUGCAGCAGCAGCAACAGCAGCAGCAGCAGCAGCAGCAGCAGGUACGCCCCAAGAAGCUCCUUCAGCUGCUUGACAAGCUGCAGCGGACUCUCCUUGCUAACGGCAGUAGGGGAGACUCUGCUGCUGCUGCUGCUGCUGCAGCAACUGCAGCAGCAGCAGCAGACGGCAGUGUCCGCCUUCAGCGCAGCUGCAUGCGUUUGCUGCUGCUGCUAUGCACACACUGGAGCGGUGCCAUGAAACACUUUGCUGCAGUAGAAAAGCAGCAGCAGCAGCAGCAGCACCAGCAGCAAGAGGAACAGCAGCAGCAGCAGCAGCAGCAGCAUAAUGACCACGGGGUAUGCAAGAGUUUAAUGUCUAGACUAACAGAUUUGCUGCUGCAGACAACAAAGAAAGAGUUGCAGCAGCAUGUUGCUGCUGCUGUUGCUGCUGCAGCUCCUGCUGCAGCAGCAGCAUCCUGUGGUGGUGCAGAUGUUGCAGGUAUUGCUGCAGUUACCCCUGCAGACAUGCAACAACAGCAGCAACGGCAGCAGCAGCAGCAGCAACGGCAGCAGCAGCAGCAGCAUGCUGCAUCAACAGGGCCUUGCUUCGAGGCCCUACAGGAUCUUCUUGCAGUUGUGCUGCAGCAAGAGCAGCAAACAAGUCUACAAGAAUUCUCCUGCUUCUAUCUACCUAGCGACCACUGUUGGGCAGCAGUCGUGGUUGGUCUUCCUGUUCCUUUAUUAGGGCAAGUUGCUGCACAUAUAACUUCUUCCUUAGAGUCUAUACUAGCUACCCUGCAGCAGCAGCAACAGCAGCAGCAGCAGCAGCAGCAGCAGCAGCAGCAGCUGGAGGAGGCAGUGCUGCAGGCAGCAGGCUGCGCACAAGCCUUGUGGGCUUUGCUGCUGCAGCGAGCAGAGCUAACGCGCUGCUUGCGGCAGCAAAACUAUUAG